AUGGAGCGGAUCACCACAACAUAUCGAUUCUUUGAACAUCCUUUGUCUCUUCGAACGACUUACACGGGCAUAGCGCCUGUCGACCAAGGUCUCAGCUUUCUUGUUACGGCUUUCAUGAACGCGGCUUCUGGCUGGGACGCGGGCUUCUUCGUGUUUCUGGGAUACUUUUUGGUGUCCUUCUUCGCAAUCCUAACAGUUUGGGCGGUUGAGAGCUGCAGAGAGAGGAAUGCGCGGGCCUUGACGAGAUUUACUUAUAUCUACGCCCUCCUGUAUCAGACUGUCGGCGGAGCCGUCAUCAUACCGAUCUACUAUCUUGCAUACCUCUACGACACAUCUAGCAACUCAUACUGGUUGAAGCCUCGAACAAUCCCACUUCCAUAUGCGAAAGCGCUCCUCCCAGCUUUGAUCAUCGGCUACCUCAUCCCGACCGUCUUGAUAUUCCUUCCCUACUCUGCCCCAGAUAUGUGGACUACCCAGGCGGUGGUUGCUUUCUGGCAGCCAUCCCCAUGGUACGUCGACAUUCUCAUCUGGGUGUUUGCUAAACUCUACUCUGGCCGGAGCAGCACCAAGAGCAGUUCCCCGAACCGCAACAGCGACAUUCCCUAUCUCAGCCGCACCUACCUGACGUCCUUCCUAGUGACCGGCAUGUUACACCUCUUUAUGAUCUACUUAAUCCUCUUCUCACCAAACCCCGAGCAUAGCUUCAGCCAUAUGUUCCUGAACCCAUUGUUUUACUCCUCGACACAGAUGUCCAUGGUACAGGGCAUGCACGGGAUCUUCCUGGCCGACUUUUGGAUCAUUUUCGUCAGCUCACUGGUCUGGGCGUACCUUGCGAUCUGGGACUUGAAGAGGAUGGAGCUGGCGGAUAUCAAUCUCCGGACGGCGGCGCUCCUAAUAGCGAUUGGGACAGUUGCCGUGGGACCUGGGGCUGUGGUCGCCGGUACCUGGUAUUGGAGAGAGAAACGGCUUAUUGAACCCGAGAAAGAGAAGGAGGGGUGA